CGCUCCCACUCUUCACUUGGCUGAGCUGGAGCACUUUAUGUACAGAUAAAGACUGUAUAUAUGUAUAUGUAGCAUAUAAAAUUUCUCUAUUUAGCUCUACAUAUAAUGAGUAUGGCGACAGAGAGUUGUUUAAGCAGUUCACAGAUAAACAAGAUCGACAAUGAAAAACUGGUCAGACCCAAAGUGCAGCUGCAAACCCUGCUUAAAGAUGCAGGGGCAGAUAAGGAUGUUUUCACCAUGAAGGAGGUCAUGUUUUACCUGGGGAAGUACAUCAUGAGCAAGGAGUUGUAUGACAAGCAGCAGCAGCAUAUUGUCCAUUGUGGAAACGAUGCUCUCGGCACUGUGCUGGGAGUGUCCAGCUUCUCUGUCAAAGAGCCCCGAGCUUUGUUUGCGAUGAUUUCCAAAAACCUCAUAGCAGUAAAAAACCCAGACUCUCAGACAACCUACGCAGAUCUGAGGAGUCAAAGUGAACCUGACCCAAGGGAGUCAAACUUGGCCUCAUCUACCUCAGUGGAGGAGCAGCAGCAGCAGCGCAGACGCCGGCGAAGCAGUGAGUCUACAAAUUUCUCAGUUGACGAAGAGUCUGGUGAGCCCAGGAAGAGGCACAAGUCAGACAGCUUCUCUCUGACGUUUGAUGACAGCCUGUCGUGGUGUGUGAUCGGAGGCCUGCACAGAGAGAGGGGGAGCAGUGAGUCUUCAGAAACACAGAGUAAUUCGGAUGUAGGUAUAUCUCAUAGUGAUGAGAGUGAAGACUCUGAAUCUGAUAACUUCAGUGUGGAGUUUGAGGUGGAGUCCAUUGACUCAGAUGCCUACAGUGAAAAUGAUGACGACUCCAUACCUGGAGAAGAUGAGGUUUAUGAGGUUACAAUCUUUGCAGAGGAUGAAGACUCCUUUGAUGUGGAUCCUGAGAUCACCGAGGCAGACUACUGGAAAUGCUCUAAAUGUGAUGAACUAAAUCCUCCGCUUCCUCGCCACUGCAAAAGCUGCUGGACGGUACGAUCUGGCUGGCUGCCUGACAUGCACUCCUGCCCCGAGAUCCCCAGCAGUGACGCCCAGACUAGCACGGCCGACAGCACCACCCACCUUACAGAGCUCACUACUGACCUUGCCACUGCCUCUGAUCCCAAACUGCCACCAACUAAGCCUUUCACCCCAGUCCUUGACCCAGACGAAGGACUAGAUGUCCCUGAUGGUAAGUGCUCACGCUCCCAGGCCCUGAGCAGAGACUACUCUGUGGGAGCUGCUCCCACUACCUCCAGUUCAGACUCUCAGGGCUCAGCCUUUUCCUCCUCCCAACCCUCCACUUCCUCAUGUGGGGGCAGCAGCCUGGAAGAGACCCCUGAACUGGAGCGUUUCAACAGCCUGGAGGCCUGCCUACCUGCAACCUGCCUGGAACCCUGUGUGAUCUGUCAGAGCAGACCCAAGAAUGGCUGCAUUGUGCACGGGCGCACGGGUCACCUCAUGGCUUGCUACACUUGUGCAAAGAAGCUGAAGAACCGUAAUAAACUGUGUCCCGUCUGCAGAGAGCCGAUUCAGUCAGUCGUCCUGACGUAUGUGAGCUGAGGAUAUUAAAAAAAAAUGAAGAAGGAAGAAACUGCUGUCCAUUACCUCACCUUUUACCUUUUCCACCCACUUCCUAACCCCAUAGGGGGAAAAAAAGUACAUAUGUUCUCACACACAACAUAAUAGAAUAAAUAUGUGCUAAGGUUACCUGCAUUACUUGUUCAAUGGAUAUAACACAUGCAUACAAGUCUGAAAAAGUUUCCAAAGAGUAAUAAGUGUACUAUUGUAAACAAUGUAGCGGUAUUCAGAAUUGCAGUGAGACACACUGACAGAACUCUCUGGAAACCAUCUAUCUCACUGCAAUUCUGACUACCUCACUCUCGGUGUGGGGGAAUAAAUCUGGUGUAGGUCCAGUACAUACCAAAUUAACUAAUAUACAGUGUCCCAGAAAGGUUCAGAUUUUAUGUUUAAUCAGUCUGGAAAAGGCUCUCCAAUUUUAUUUGCACCAUAACUCCCGUACUGCCCUGCCAUUUAUUUAUUUAUUUAUUUAUUUUAUAGGCAUAAUGACAAGUUAAUACUUAACAUGCUAUAAUGUUACAGUAUAAUUCCCAACUCCAAGUCUGAUAAUAAGAGCCAGUGAUGUAUAAAAGUUAUUAAAACAAGAUGUUGCCCUUAUUUUUAAAUGGCUGCACAAGGUCCUCAACUGCUUUUGUAGCUAGAUCACUUGUCAGCCUAAAGUGUAGCCUGAAUCAGACCCACAAAUGACUCUCAAAUUGAAACUUCCAUGAAGUUUACCCCUCAUAUACCCCCUGAUCUACCGUUUAAUUUUACCACAUGGUCAUCUAUGCUUUUGAGGUGGUCUAUCGGAUAACAAUUUAAGACAAUCCAGAUCCACACCGUGCCUGGCUGCCAAUGCCUUAAAAUGGUCAUUUGAAUAAUUUGGCCCAUUGAACCCUGAAGAGACUUGGCUCCCCAAUGUCUGGAUAUGAGGGACAGAAGUAAACCUCAUAUAAAUCAGAAGCCCCCGAAACCAGCAGAAUUCGUCUGGUGUCAGUUUAUCCCAAGCACCUUCAUGGUUUGCCCAUGAUGCAUCAUUUAAAACUAGCUCCUAUCUUACAGCAGCAUUUCUGCUUGACCUGCGACAAGAAAGACUAACCAAAUCCACUCUAAUUUUUUUAUAUCUCUAUACAUACACACAUCUCUGGACAAAUGUAAAAAUGUUUAUAUAUGUAAAUAUUGUAAAAUCUGUGUGUUUGACCUACGUUAAGACGCCCACACACAGUUCAUAGAAACAGUGUAACACGUACUUACCAAAUGGAGGUUGGCUGGAUUUCUGCUCUUCAUGACCCUCCAUCUCCUCCAUACUCCCAUCGACCAGCCUGUCUAUGGAGAAUUUAUCAAAGUCAACGUCCUUGUGCUCUUCACUGUUAUUAGAGUCUGCAAAAAGCCAGAGUGCAUCGGUGAUGAGUCGCUGAGUUUGCUAUAAAUCUCAACCGUGACCGAUCCCUCCUAGGUUAGCUUGUCACUUCAUUUUUAUGUUCAAACGCAUAGCUGUAUAGCUAAUGCCAGCGAUAAUGAUCUUAUUUCUGAGAAGAUUUAAAGCCAUAUUCACAAAAACAUUGAGCUAACUAACUACGCAGUUAUCAGUACAACACGAAUGGAAUAUCGCAGCUGUCAAAAGAGUGUCGAACCCCAGCAACGCCUGCUACCUCGGCUAGCUUCUGCUAACUAGCUAGUGUCAUUUGUCACUAAAUGCUGUUCAAAUGGAAAAGGGUCGAAAACCAUUGGGUUAGCUAGUUCAUACAGUAAUUUAGACAUCUAGCAUGAAGUUAUUUGUUUUAAUUUCAGCGAGUAUGGAAAUGUCUCUUGGUUAAAUGUAAAUAUUUCUUUUAUAAAUGAGUGUAUAUUUAUUUAUGAAUAAAUUUUCUGAAUUGAA